AUGCAUGAUGACGCUAAACGUGCUUCAUGUUUUGCGUGUAUAGUUGCUCCACGACUGAACACAACAUAUCAGCAACCCAUCUACAGUGUGCAACAACAAGGCAAUGAAUCCUCCAUCGAAUGGUUGAGAUUCAACAGCGUGCAACAAAAAGUCGAAGAAGCUAUUAGACAGUUGGAGAGUUACAGAGAAAAAUCACUUUUCUAUUUAAAAAAGGUAGGCAUUUUCAACAACGCAUUUAUACAAUUGCUAAACAUUGACAAACCUACUAUGAAAGAAAAAAUUCAAAAAGUGGAUGAGGAGUUGAAGAAAUACCAACUUACUCCGCGGGAAACGAAAGUUAAAUUCUUGUAA